AUGAAUUUUUCGUUUUGCGCAGUCUCUUCAGAGCUUUCAUGUCCAAGUGACAUGGUCUUAAGAUUUUCGUUUGCAAGCCGGUUGUUCCCUCGUGAAUUUGUUAGGUUUGAUGAGACCUGGAAGAAAAAACACAUUAGUUUAUCUUCUUGUCGUGGUACGAGGAAGGCUUUUGCGUCAAGACAUUAUGUGUCAGGAGUACACUUGGAAGAUUCGUCUAUUGCCGAGAAGAGUCUGCCAAGAAGAGAGACUGGAGACAGGCUUGGCCUUGUGAGGACUUUGCUAAUAGACAAUUAUGAUAGUUACACGUUCAAUAUAUAUCAGGCAUUGAGUACUAUUAAUGGAGUGCCUCCUGUGGUUAUUAGAAACGAUGAGUGGACGUGGGAAGAAGCUUAUCGUUACUUGUAUGAAGACGCUGCUUUUGAUAAUAUUGUUAUAUCACCUGGACCUGGUUCUCCCAUGUGCCCUGCUGAUAUAGGUACAAGCCAAAUUGUUAUUGAGUUUUUCCAUUAUUGUCUUUUUUUGAAUUUGACUCUGGUGGGCUAUGUAGGAAUAUGUCUUCGCCUUUUGCUUGAAUGUCGUGAUAUUCCUAUUCUAGGGGUCUGCCUUGGCCACCAGGCACUAGGUUAUGUCCAUGGUGCUCAUGUGGUACAUGCCCCAGAACCAGUCCAUGGACGGUUAAGUGGGAUUGUGCAUGAUGGGAACAUAUUGUUUUCUGAUAUACCAUCCGGGAAAAACUCUGAUUUCAAGGCAGGUCAUCUACUUAUUUUACAUGCAACAUUCACUGAUCUCUCUAGAUACAAAAUUCUUAGGCAUUCAUUUCUGCAGGUUGUUAGAUACCAUUCGCUGAUCAUAGAUAAGGAAUCACUGCCAAAGGAACUCAUACCAAUAGCAUGGACGAUUUAUGAUGACACUAGUUUUUACUCUGAGAAGAAGUUCCUUGUUCCUGUGAAUAACUCUAUGAGCCCAUCCAGUGACGGGUCUGUCAUCUCUGUUUCAGAAAACUUGGAAACCCAAAGUUAUUGGCCUUCGUCUCAUGUUAAUGGAAAACAAGAUAGACACAUACUCAUGGGGAUCAUGCACUCUACUUUUCCUCACUAUGGUUUACAGUUUCAUCCAGAGAGUAUUGCUACUACCUAUGGAAGUCAAAUAUUCAAGAACUUCAAAGACAUAACUGUGGACUAUUGGAAUAGCUACAAAUCUUCAUCAUUGCGUCGACGAAAGAUUAAUAAUGAAACUGCAAAGAUGAAGGUGCCUGGUGCUUGUGAACUGCUGAAAGAACUUUCCCGAAGUAGAAGUACAGGAAACGAUUCCAGCUAUUAUGGUAACCCUAGGGCGUCCCUCUCUACUUCCAACAAAAAUGGUGUAGACGUCUUCGAACCUAACGAAAAAUUGCUGAGGCUGAAAUGGAAGAAGCUAGAACGUAUUGCACAUAAAGUUGGUGGAGCAAGAAACAUAUUCAUACAACACUUUGGGAAAAGUAGUGGGAAUGAUACUUUUUGGCUGGAUACCUCUUCUAGUGACAAGGCUAGAGGGCGAUUUUCAUUCAUGGGUGGUAAAGGUGGAUCCCUCUGGAAGCAGUUGACAUUUAGUUUAUCUGAUCAAAGCGAGAGUACAUAUAAACAUGGUGGACACCUUCUGAUUGAAGACGCUCACAGUUCUACUGAGAAACGAUUCUUGGAAGAAGGCUUUCUUGAUUAUUUACGUAAGGAGCUUUCAUCUAUCUAUUAUGAUGAGAAGGACUUUGAAGGGCUACCUUUUGAUUUUUAUGGUGGAUACGUAGGUUGUAUUGGGUAUGAUAUUAAAGUAGAAUGUGGAAUGCCAAAUAAUCGUCACAAAUCCAAGGCACCGGAUGCAUGUUUCUUCUUUGUAGAUAACAUUGUCGUCAUUGAUCAUCAUCUUGAUGACGUUUAUGUGUUAUCUCUUCACAAAGAAGGCACCGCAGAGACCACUUUCCUUAAAGAUACCGAAGAGAAGCUCAUUAGCAUGAAGGCUUCCUCAACAAGAAAGUGGAAUGAUCAAACUAUUCCUUCUAUAGAUUCAUCUACAAGUUUUGUCCCUGACAAAUCACGAGAGCAGUAUAUCAACGAUGUUGGGAGGUGUAUGGAGUACAUCAAAGACGGGGAGAGCUACGAGCUUUGUCUCACUACUCAGAACAGAUUGAAGAUAGGGAACACUGAUCUUUUGGGGCUUUACCUCCACCUCAGAGAGAGGAAUCCAGCUCCAUAUGCUGCCUUUCUCAACUUCUCUAAUGCAAAUUUGUCUUUAUGCUGUUCAUCCCCUGAAAGGUUUCUUAAGCUGGAUAGAUACGGAGUCCUAGAAGCAAAGCCGAUCAAAGGUACUAUAACUCGUGGCUCCACGCCUGAAGAAGAUGAACUUCUUAAACUGCAAUUGAAACUCAGUGAGAAGAAUCAAGCAGAGAAUCUGAUGAUUGUUGACCUUCUGAGGAAUGAUCUAGGCCGCGUAUGUGAGCCUGGAUCAGUCCAUGUGCCUAACCUUAUGGAUGUGGAAACAUACACAACAGUACACACUAUGGUAAGCACGGUCCGUGGACUAAAGAAGUCAGAUAUUAGUCCAGUGGAAUGUGUAAGAGCAGCUUUCCCUGGUGGCUCAAUGACUGGUGCUCCAAAACUAAGAUCGGUCGAGAUUCUUGACUCGCUUGAGAACUGUUCGAGAGGACUUUACUCUGGGUCAAUAGGGUAUUUCUCGUAUAAUGGUACGUUUGAUCUGAAUAUUGUGAUAAGAACAGUGGUGAUACAUGAGGAUGAAGCUUCCAUUGGAGCAGGUGGAGCCAUCGUUGCUUUGUCAAACGCGGAAGAUGAGUUUGAGGAAAUGGUUCUUAAGACUAGAGCUCCCGCUAGAGCGGUCGUGGAGUUUUGUAGUGGUGGUUUAGUGAUCAGAGAAGACACUAGUUGUGUCUCUUGAAAUAGCUACAUAGAUGAUGGGCCAUGAUGGGCCGGUAAAGAGAAGGGGCUUGCUCAUCCAUCCGGCGAGGCUAUGUGUUGUGGAUUUUAAGCAGUUAUUAUGUAUUGUUCUGUAUAAUUAUAUAUCUGUGUUAGUUGUAAAAAUCAUUUGUAUUUAUGUUUCAUAGAUUAUUGAAUUCUGAUGUCUGUGUAUCUUAUUCAUUUUGUUUAAUGUAUUUC